GAGUUGGAGGGGAGGAAGGAAGCCAGGCGCUGAUUGGUUCUGUCCGAAUCACGUGGACCAGAGUCACAUGGCCAAGGGAGGAAAAAGGGGGUCCUUUUUGGUGUAAAUCUGGAGUCUAAUUCCGUAAUAUAUCACGGUACCUCGUAAAACCGACACUAAAACGUCCCGGCCUACAAAUCACCCGGCCAGAUUAUGAGUUCAUUGUAUUAUGCGAAUGCUUUAUUUUCUAAAUAUCAGGCCGCAAAUUCGGUUUUCCCCUCCGGAGUGUUUCCUGAGCAAACUUCUUGCGCAUUCGCUUCCAAUGCCCAGCGCACCGGGUAUGGCUCCAGUUCCACGGCCUCUUUCGCUGCUUCCAUGCCUGGUCUGUACCCCAACGGGGGAGGCAUGCACCCCCAAGCCCCCGGCAUGUAUUCCAGCAGCUAUGGUCUGGAAGCCGCCUCUUUCAACAUGCACUGUUCCCCUUUCGAGCAAAACCUCUCCAUGAUGUGUCCGGGAGACGCGUCCAAGCCUAACUGCAACAAAAGCGACCAGAGGGAAGCAGACUUGAGGCACGAAAACAACUUGCGAAUAUAUCCAUGGAUGAGAAGCACAGGGACCGACAGAAAGAGGGGCCGCCAGACCUACACCAGGUACCAGACGCUGGAACUGGAGAAGGAGUUCCAUUACAACCGUUACUUGACCAGAAGGCGACGUAUUGAGAUAGCUCACGCUUUAUGUCUUACAGAAAGACAGAUCAAAAUCUGGUUCCAGAACAGGCGGAUGAAGUGGAAAAAAGAAAACAAACCGGCAGGCCCAGGAUCAAACAGCCAGGAAAAACCAGAUGCAGAAGAAGAUGAAGAAGAGUGAAGGGGAAAGGGGGGAGGGGGGAGGGAGAAGAAGAGAGAGAGAGAGAGAGAGAGAGAGAGAGAGAGAGAGAGAGAGGUUGGUGACAAGAAGCGUGUGCAAAAAUUGAGCUGUACUGUCCAGAAAAAUAAAAGGAAGAAACAGAAUUUUCAAUAGUGAACAAAUAAAGACUGUCCAUUAAAGCAAGAAAUGAAAACAUCUAAGCAAACUGAAAAUGAUGGUUUCUUCUGUUUCUUCUCUUGGAAAACUACCUAUAUUAACAUUUCUCUGCUUUGUUUUUGUACAAGGAAAUGAAUAAUAAAUCUACCUAUUAAAUGUCUCUUUAGAAUCAAAUAUAGAUGACGUUUUGUUUCCCUGUGUGGGUCUUCAUAUAGUCCAAGUAUUUGUAAAUCUUCUUGUAUUUUUUAAAAAGGUGUCUUUUUUUCCCCUUGUGUGUGUGGGGUUUUUUUAAAAGAUAAAAAUGGUAUAUGAAGUGAACAUGUGGAUGUGGUUAGCACUUUUUCUUAGAAAACGUGAACUCCAAAUGUAUGAAGGGAACACAACGCUUAACAUAAGAUGACUGUUGUACAUAAUUCUGUGAGAUGCCUCCCCUUCGCUUCCCCUCUCUUCUUGGUAGAUUUGUGCCUCUUCGUCUGGCUACCGGUGCUGUAUUUUUAUUUUUUAUUUUUGCUUGUUUUUUUUUUUUUGGUGUAUAUUUUUACAUGUUGGACAACGGACCACUUCCCUAUUGCCCUCACUUGAGAAUCUGAAAUUAAUAUUGUGUUGAGUAAAACUGAUGUAUAUGAUAGAUAGCAAAUAAUUUAAUCGUGGCCAAGCCUUUUGAUUUGUAUUAUGUGAUUACUAUGCGUAGAGAGAGGGAAAAAGAAUCAUUAAAAAUAACCUUACUGAAUAGACUGAA